AUGGCACAAGACCGGUGCUUGGUUUUAGCGAGAGAACAAAGUAAAAUUGAAGAGAUGUUAGAUGAACAAAAACGAAUGAUGCAAAAACGAACUAACCAAGAUAAACCUAAAUAUAAUUACAAAGAAAAAUUUCAACACCUUGUUGGAUUGGAAGCAGCUGAGCAAGCAGCAAGAAAAACAGAAACUAAUAAAUCUUACGGAUUUGUGCCUAGUGAAAAUAAAAAAGAUUUAAGAUCAAUUGAGCAAACACUAGCAGACAUUCGUGAAAAAAAACGAAUGAAAAUGGAAAAUGAAAAUUCUCAAAGCCAAUCAUUGAAAACUGAUUGAUGUAUAAGUUUAUUUUUUAUGAUAGUUAUUAGCUAGUGUUUAUUUUUUCUAUUUAAAAUAGA